AAACUUUUUCAAAUACGUUCACCAUGGAAAACAGAGGGGGAGAUAUUGACAUCGAUGAGCCAGGAUGUGCAGACCAAACCAGGCCGCAGACAGAAACUCUGGGAACAAAGUACGUUGAAAUGGAAGAGAUUGACUUCUGCCCUUAUUCGCCGAAGAAAAAAAAAGCGUUUUUUGAAGCAGUUCGUAGCGGUAAUUCAGCCGAAGUGGAAGAGCUGAUAAAUGUCAAACACGUGGAUGUAGACUGCACAAAUGUCGACGGGGAAACAGCGCUACAAAUAGCAGUGAAGAGGGAAGCGUUUGAUAUGGUUCAAACGCUGUUACGGAAUAAGGCAGACAUCGGGGCGGCCUUGUUCGAAGCCGUCAGGAAUAACUCGUUGCAGUAUGUCAGAAUUCUUGUAGCACACGAUUCAAGACAUCGAAAAAAUACAGCUGUUAAAACGCUUGGAAAAUUAUCAGCAACACAACAUCGAAGCAGAUCAGAGAAUUUCGAGGAAUUUUUGACGCCGCUUGUCCUUGCUGUGCUCAACGGGAACUAUGAAAUUGUUGAAUUCUUUGUCAGCAGAGGUUACAGAGUCGACCAUCCGAAUACGCAGAAACCUCAAAGUGAAACUGGAUCAAUGGUCAGGCUUAAAGAUUCUUUAUUCAAGCUUAACACUUAUAAAGCUGUAGCAAGCCCCUUGUACAUUUCGCAGACUUUCCUCCACGAGAAUCGCGAGCGAAAAGAAUUGAACAAAAAGAGUUCUAGUUAUAAAGCGAACGAUCCUUUGUACAGAUCGAUUGUUCUGAGGCGGAAGCUUAAGCAAUUAGGACACAGUGAAAACGAAUUUCGUGAGGACUAUUUCGCCCUCUCCGCGCAGUGCGAAAAUUUUGCAGUCAGUCUGUUAGAUGAAUGUAGAAAUCUCGAGGAAAUAGCUGCAGUUAUGGAUGUACCGGAAGCUGAAACAUUGAACGGGAAGAUACAAUUGAGACAAAAGGAACAAAGAUUACGCGUUCUUAACCUCGCUAUAAAAUAUCGCAACAGAAAGGUAAGAGUGCUUUUUAAUUUUCUUCCUAUUUUUUUUAUUUUUUAUUUUUUAUCCCAAGAGGAGAGACCUUUUUUUGCCAAGAAAGAGAGACAUUUUAUUCCCGAAAAGAAAGAAUGAAGAACAAAGAACAGAGAAGUGGAGUAAAAAUAAUUAUAUGAUUAAGUUUAGUUUUGUAUGAUUACCCAAGUAUUUUGUAAAAGUAGUUUUGGCAUGGACAGCAAAAACGCUUAACCUUUUUCCGGCUAUCCUUGCGAAUGCAGACGUAUUUCCGGCCGUCGCUUUUCUCACCAACCGAAAAGUUCGAGUGGAGAGAAGGGACGACCGGAAAUACGUCUGUGUUCGCAGGCUAUGACUCACCUGCGAGGUAGAAAAAGCACCAGAAAAGUCUUCUGUCCUCAUAGAUUAAAAUAAUGUUACAUUCUUUCUUUUCGCCUUUUAUUUUUGUGCCUGACUGGUGGAGGUUUGGGAGCAGAAUACAAUCCCCGUCCACAAGUAUCCGGAUAUUUUAAAGAAACUGCUACUUUUUCCUUCCAGAUUCAAAAAUUUCCGUGUACAGACGUAUCGGUAUUCAAAUCGAAUUUCCCCGUCCACACAUAUCCGACACGUAUCCAGAUGGCAACAGAGCAUGCGUCGUAAACCGCGCAAAAUUUGCAUCUUAGAAUUUGCAUCGAUGAGUAUAGAGAGAACCGGGCAACGAGGUUGCCAUCUUGAGCAGUAUUCACGGUAAAGAACCGGGCUCGAUCUUUUUACGUCACGGGAUUAAGAAAGUAUCUGGAUUUAAUUUAGCGUCCACACGAUUCAAGAUUCAUAACGUAAUCAAAAAUUUCCACUCAGGAGAGCAGAUUCAAAAAGUUGCGGAUUCGUAUGCCGGAUUCACCGAAUACGUUUGGACGGGCUAGUGUAUCCGGAAAGAAAAAGUUGCGUAUUCAAAAAUAUCCGGAUACGUGUGAACGGAGCCUCAAAUGACCUGUACGAGCAUGACCGCCGAACGGGAUAUGCAAUAUUAGUUUGCAAGCUUUUCCUAAAUAGGGUCUUAAUCUUCUGAAAAGAAACAACACAGUAUUUAUAAAACAGAGGCUGCAUUUCUAUACAGUAGUAUUUUUCUAAGCUUCAAUUUGGGGCGCUACUUAAAGGAAAUUUUUACUUUGAUAAAGAAUUAAGGAUUGUUCCAGGAGCAUCAACUUUUAAUGUUAACGUUAUGGCUUUCGAGGAAUCGUUUCAGUUACUGUGGAACCUAAGCAUUUCAGUGGUGUACGUCAAUAUGAAAACAAAACCUAAUACCUACAUCAGUCUAGGGGGUAAUUGAUUUUUCUGUAAGUUCACAGGAAGAAGAUAGAAUUCGAAACAGCGAAAAUGCUGAUAUGUUUAUGUCUUUUAGUUUAUAGCUCAUCCCUACAGCCAAAUUAUGCUGAACGCGAUUGCUUACAAGGGAUCGGGAAAAUGGAAUCAACUGUCCUUCAAAACGAAAUUUCUUCUGAUGAUAUUGUAUACCCUUUUUAUGCCACUUUGCAUGCUGGGAUACAUGUUCACUCCUGCUAACCGACUGAGAAAGAAGAUAGAGACUCCUCUGUGCAAGCUCAUGAGCCAAGCGUCUUCUGUCCUGUGGUUCUUAGCUUUGGUGGCAAUGUCGGCCUUCCAAGAUAAAUAUGAUUCGUUCCUGCGCUUUUCACCACUAAGUGAGUUCGAAUACAAGUCUAUACUAUUUAAGCAAUAGAAAACGUUUUCUGUGUUUGCAUAGCCUGAUAUAAACACGAGAGGGGUUGGGAGAAUUCGAGACAGUUAUGCAAACUCGAGACGGAAGACGAGGGUUUGCAUAACAGUCGAGAAUUCUCCCUACGCCUCGAGUGUUUAUAUCAGGCUAUGCAAACACAGGGAAAAAGUUUUCUAUUGCUUUUAUAAAGUAACUUUCCCGAGAAAAGACGCAAAACUCUUUGUAUGGCAGUGAUUAAAAGAGAAAUUCUUACCAGUAGCAAAGUCUUGUCCACGAAGUCUUGCACGCGUAGUCGGUUCUUGUAUUGCAAAAAGAUGCUUUCCAAAAUACGGACUUUUCUCGCUUAAAAUGUCAGCUUAAGCGAAAAAAAAUUGACACACUUUCUUGGUAACGAUUUUCCAAGUUUCAGCCAACAAAGGAAUGGGUAAAUAAAGUAAACUUGACGAGUUUUGAACUUGAAAACUUUUUUAAAUUCGUGCUUGCGUGAUUAGCGCGCGAAAAGCAAAACAUCUUGACGCCACAACCAUGUUUACAUACUCUCAUGUAAACACUCCUCUCAGCCAAUCAGAGCGCGCGUGCUAUCUUACUUAUUUUACAAAAGACACUUUGUCAUGCUAUUUGCUAUCUUUUUAAAAAGCUAAUUUUUUGUCGCAUCAACUGAAUUCCAAAAAUAGCGGUCCAUUUUUGUCAUUCAGUUAAGACUAGUUUAGUGUAUUUUGCAUUGAAAGUGUUUCUCGUCGUCUGUUGCAACAGAUUAAAAGGAUGGACUUGAAAAAGUUCACCAAAAAAUGUUAUGGUUAGUGCUACUUGGUGAACUGCUUUGUUUGAUAUCCUCAUAACGCUGAUCAGAAGAAACAUUUUGUUUAUGGGUAAAGGUCAGCCUUAAAAAAUCGCUCUUUCUCGUUAGGGAAACGAGAAAGCCGUUAACCAAGGAACCAACCACUCUCGAGAUUUCUCAACAGAGAGCUUUUUCAUUGUAUACGCUCUAAGCAAUCGUGCGCCGGACCACUGACGACUUCGCACAAGUUUGUAGAGCCAAGUAUCCUCAAAUUCUUAUACUCUUCCCUCCUGUUGACAUUUAUUAAUCAUGGCGUCAUCUCAAUGAAGAGAGCCGAUCUAUGAAGGUAUAAAACAACCUUGGUUUGAAGAUACGUACCGGAGAUGAAUAAUCUUAGUGUUUUCAUAGGUUUUGCAAUCCACUUGUUCUACAUAAUGCAGUACUUGAAAAGACAAAGAAGUUUUAGUACUUGCUUAACCCCUCAUUUGCGUGAUGAAUUACGAGUACUAAACGACACAUAAUAGGACUAACUUGGAAUUAUUACUAAAUGUUCCAAAUUCCAAAACAAAUACGUUCUCUAACUUUCUUUGGGUUAGCUCUGAAUUGGGGUCUUUUUUGUUUAAAAAACCGCUUCAGAACAUCAUUAGGGUCUAAUUUAGGCCAUCUAAGCUGGUAAUCACUAUUGAUUUUGUUUGGGCCCACGAGCGCGGAUAAGUCCAGAUUAGCUUGGAACAGUUCGCGAUAGAGCUACGUUCGCUCAAAUUAUGCUUAAUGAGUCAAACAUUUAUACAGUAGGAAUAUUUAUUCAUUUACUUGAUUUAUUAUUUAUCUAUUAAUAUAGCUGUUAUUAUUGGUAUCUGGGUGGUUGGUAUAAUCGUCCAAGAAAUAAAGCAAGCCAUGUAUCAAGGCAUGGAGCGAUAUCUCGGUGAGUAG